AUGGGCCGGAGACCUGCCAGAUGUUAUCGAUAUUGCAAAAAUAAACCUUAUCCUAAGUCAAGAUUUUGUCGUGGUGUCCCAGACCCAAAGAUUCGAAUCUUUGAUCUGGGUAAGAAAAAAGCAGACGUUGAAGAAUUUCCUCUAUGUGUUCAUAUGAUAUCAGAUGAAUACGAACAGCUGUCCAGUGAAGCAUUAGAAGCUGCUCGUAUUUGUGCAAACAAGUAUCUGUUGAAGCAUUGUGGGAAAGAUUCAUUCCAUGGCCGGAUACGCGUUCAUCCAUUUCAUGUGAUCCGCAUCAAUAAAAUGCUUUCGUGUGCUGGGGCUGAUCGUUUGCAAACUGGUAUGAGAGGUGCAUUCGGAAAGCCCCAGGGGACAGUUGCACGCGUUGAUAUUGGACAAGUUAUAAUGUCAGUUCGUGCUCGUGAUCAACAUCAAGCUCAAGUUGUUGAAGCUCUCAGACGUGCCAAAAUGAAAUUCCCAGGUCGGCAGAAAAUAGCCGUGUCACGUAACUGGGGUUUCACAAAAUGGCCUAGAACUAGUUUUAACGAAAUGCGUGCCAAAGGACAACUAGUUUCGGACGGUGUUGGUGUGAAGUAUCUUCCUCCUCAUGGCCCCUUAGAACAAUGGAAACAAACACAGGCACGUCUAGCUGGAAUCACUGUAUAA